AUGAAAGGGGGUAUGCGAGUCGCCAUUUGCGGCUUCAUACUCCUGUUGUCGACCUUUUACCUCUUGGAGGCGCAUCUCAGAGAUGUGUGCAGUCGAUAUCGGGCGGGCGAGUAUGUCAUGGACUGGUUGGUCCGAAAUAGCCUGGACCACCGCCCGGUCCUCCCCGCCAACGUGGUGGUACCUGGCGACAAGGUGAUUGUGAUGGCCAAAUUGCGAGAAGAGCCUACCGACUGGGUCCAGGAGGAACUGCCCGAUUGGCAGCGCGCCAUCUACAUCGUCAAUCCCACCGAGAAAGCUCGCGCCGAUCCUCACGUCCUCACCACCCCAGUCAACAAAGGCCAUGAAUCCAUGGCCUAUCUGACCUAUAUCAUUGACCAUUACGACACUCUCCCCUCCACCAUCGUCUUCCUUCAUGCCCACCGGGCCGGGUUCAACAUGGCGUGGCACACCGACGCUCCGCUCCACGACAAUGUCAACGCCAUGCGCAUGCUUCAAACCGACUUUGUCGAACGGAAUGGCUACGUCAACCUUCGCUGUAACUGGAAUCCCGGCUGCCGCGAAGCUCAUCGGUUCAACGCCCACGUGACCGAGCAGAUCUGGUGGGAUGUCUUCCAGGGCACCAGCACCCCUCCACUCAACAGCUCCUCCCCCUUUGAGCAGGAGUUGUCCACUCGCAAAUACAUGCGCAAGCCCGCACAGGUCGGAGCCGCAUGCUGCGCUCAAUUCGCCGUGUCGAAGAGCCAGGUGCACGCUCGGCCGCGCGACGACUACGUCAAGUUCCGGCAGUGGGUGAUCGAGACGGACUUGAACGACGCCAUGUCUGGGCGGGUCAUGGAGUUCCUGUGGCAUGUGAUCUUUGGAAUGGAAGCGGUGUAUUGUCCGGAUGAGGAGCUGUGCUAUUGUCAGGUCUAUGGCAAGUGUUAA